AUGAAGGAAGGUAUGGGGAAGAAGUGCGGGCCAUUCUUCCUCGAGCGCACGAUAGCCGGAUCUGAGGCAGUCAAGGCCUACUUUGCAGAUUUCAGAGUCCGUGUGAUUGCGCACGAUUCGCGAUAUAAGGAUCUGAAUCCCUUGAACAGCAGAUCCAAACGCAUCUUGACGAGUGCUACUUGGCAGGACCUUUUAGAGCCUUCAGAUUCCAUGGAUAUGUUCAGCAGCGAGCCAGAUUACAUAAAUGAAGUUUGGAAAAGCAAAACAAAGGCACCGGAAGCAAGCAGCCUUGCCGAUCCUGGGGAAGAGAGCACCAUGUACGUGAAUAUUGCAAUCAGAAACACUUCGGUGUCCAUCAACAACAAGGACAAGACCUUCUUUGAGUCGACUGUGUGGAGCUGCGCGGUGAUACCUGGCUGCCAGGAGUCUGAACUGGAGGAUUCUCUACUUGUGUGCCUGGAAAACGGGACGGUGCUACUGUUGCGCGUAUUUGUUUCCGGAGGACAUUUCGAACCAAUUGUUAUUCAGAAACUUCGAACAAGCAGUUUGGGGCCAUGUGAGAAGACGAGUAUGAUUGGAUACAAAGUGACAGUUUACAAAACAGGAAAAAUGGUGGCCAUUGCUGCCUUUUCCAAGGUGAUACGAAUAAUGCGCAUAGAAUACGACUCGCACGGUAUUCCGUCUUUUGGCGCGUCGCAGAACAUGAUAAUUGGAGGAGCUCUUGUGGACACAGUGUUUAUGGAACCAUUGGAGCCAGUGGACAAGGAGUACACCAUUUUAGUCAACUUAAUUACAACAGAUGAAAAUAUUAUGAAAUUGGAGUACAACGAAUUUUACCAAUACGAUAAUCCGUUGAAUAGUAUCAAGACUCAUCCAAUACUGCUGUGGAACCUAGAGGAGGUCCCAUACUUUUUGAUACCUACAACAAAAACCCAAUGUCUUCUCCAAGUCCAGGAAACCAAAUGCGUUGUUCAUGGAAUACAUUAUAUGCUUUCACGGGACGAGGCAGAUGUAACUGAACAAGCCCUUCCGAUGAUUGGUGGAAAAUACAUUAUACCAAAUUCCUACUAUAUUCCUCAGUAUCCAAUAACGUGCUUUCCAUGCGAGGACUACGAGGAGGAAUUAUACGACCAGAUCCUUCUGUCAACUGACGUCUCGCUUUGGCUACUGGAAAUAUUUGGGUCUUCACGCAGACGAGAUCGUAGAAUUCGCUUCAGCGAAAUGUUUGUUCAGCCAUCUGUGUUCAGUCAUUUCUCCCUGGAGGAGAUUGCCGAGAGACAGUAUUCUCUAACUUAUUUCAAUGAGCGAGGAUCUGCAGAAUAUAAAAUCAUAAACCUCGUUCCGCGUUCAAAUGGCCCAGCAUUCAAGAUGAAGGCGAUUGAAGAUAAGGGUAGUCUUCUGAAUUGGUUCCCGACCUUUGAUUACAAGGUGAUACCGGCACAGCGAUCCAAGUUGGUCAACGCAACAUCCAGCGAGGAAUUAUGGUGCGUAGGGCGAUGCGAGUCCCGUGGUGCCUUAUUUAGUAUGCACAAAGGUUACAGGGCUGAAAAGUCGAUUCCUGAAACGCGGUUUAAGGAUGUGACCCACAUUUAUGGAUUCAGGCUUCGGGACCAACCACAUUUUGUACUCUCCAGCUUUCAAGAGUCAUGGGUAAUUGCGUUCAUCAACGAAGAUGACUCGGGCGAUAUCACAGAACUGUCUCAAUUUAGGACUAACCAGCGCACUAUUUAUUUUGGGAUGCUACCAGACGGCAGGUUCAUUCAGAUCUUCGAACAUGGGUGGCGGAUGGGCACAUUUCACUCUAGUGAUUUUUUGACCACUUACGUUCACGAAAGGAUAAUACUGAGCGCGCUCUGGGGAGAUAUAGUAGUGUUGGCUUACGAAUACGGUGAUGAAAUGAUCCAGGUCAACAUUGAAGCAUUCACUAUGUCAGGGAAGUCUAUAGCCGUUAGCCCAGGCAUUAUUGGGAUCCAGCCAUCUUUGAUGAAGUUUAUCACUAGGCACAAACAGCCAUACUUGGCAAUCGGAACUUACGCCAAUAAAAUCCACUUCUAUCGUCUUGAGGACUAUCGGCUACUGCUCUCUGACACACUUGACCUCUCGAGUCAUAUCAACGAAUUUGUGACUCCACACGAUAUAGUUUGCACAGAGCACCACUCUCUCAUGACAUCGAAGGAUGGAAGUCUUUUACUAUACGAGGAUGAGAAGUUACUUGCAUUAUUGAAAAUUGGCGAGAUACCAGCCAGUCUUCUCCAACAGAGCGAAAGCGAAUUUUUCAUCGUCACUAAAACGUUGUGGAAACUUGACUUGACUAAAUCGUGCUAUCCAGAGAGAAUAUGGGUUGCAGAGACUGUUGAUAGAGGAUGUCACGCUGCAGUACUGGUUCCAAUGGCACACGACGAUUUGCUUCCACAGUACGAAGAAGAUCAGCUUCUCGCUAUUCGCGAUGACGGCCUAUGCAGUCUGUUUGUGUCUCGCACAAUAGACUGGAGCAUCAAAAAAAUCAUUCUUGGCUCUACACCAUUAAAAAUGAUGUACUACGAGUACCAUAACGUCUUUGUCGUGCUGGUAGCUGGCCCUGAAAAGCUGCUUUUCGUUGAUCACAAGACCAAAAAAGUACUUGCAACAGACCAGGAAGAACAAGUCUUGGCCAAACACGAGCAGCCUUUAUCAAUAUCGGAAUGGCAUGUGAAGUCUCGUAGGGUGGAAGAAUACACGCAUAAGCAUCUACUCGUUGGAUGCAUUGAUAAAAGAGAUGGCUCGGGGCUUGUCAAAAUCAUUGAACUCAAAAAAGUCAAAGACACGGUCUUACUUAAGGUCUUGUACUCAUGGACCCAAUCCUCGCCAGUUGCUGCCGUCGCACAACUUCCAGACUCCGUCAUUAUUUAUUCUGAUCGCAAUUCUGUGCGUCUUAGAAAAUACAAGCCCUUGGAAAGCAAGCUCAGCGAUACCUUUGGCCAACAGUCAUUUCCAUCCGAGGUUAAGGAAAUUAAUUGCGUUGGUAACCAUGUCGCUGUGGUGACCGCCAAAGACUCAGUGUACACUUAUCAUUAUCUUCGAGAACCAAAUGGAUCUCUUUCGCCUCAUCUAAGCGAUCCUGUCAGUCGGGAUCUCAUGGGUCACUGCAUUAUACGGGAUCCUUUUAUCAUUGCUGCAGAUAGACAACAGCAGACAAUACUGGUGAUUCCAAAUAAUACGGACUAUUACGCUAGCCUUACAACACAAGAAGUUCUUGAGUGGAAAACGCCAUUUAUUCCACGACUAUACGAGUGCGGGUUCGAGCCGUUAUGGAGUGUACCCCAAAGAAAUACCAAAUUUCUGGCCAUGGGACUCAAUGGAGAAAUUCGGAUGUACUACGAAAUUACGGAAAAUAUCUUCGAUAAGAUAUGCAGACUCAAGGCCAAACAAGCCCAGAAGAAUAAAGAGCAACUGCCAUUGCUAUUAAGUGACAUUCCAUCGCUAUACCCAGAAAAUUCUCCGAUCGUCAAUGUGGACUCGAUUACUGAUAAAUAUGAAGAGAUAGGCGACUUCGAGCUCGACACAUUGAUUCAUAGCACCAUAAUAUAA